AUGUUCGUGGUAUUACUGCUUUUGGUGCCAGACCAGAACAAGUUCUUUGGACCCAUAGGUGUUGGCAGCCCCAACAACAGGAAAACAAUGUCAAUCCCUGAAAACUGCCCAAAGCUUGACGCCGCUUAUGAGCUCUCGCGCCCGUAUCCGCAAAAUUUGACAAUUCUAGAUUUGCCCAACGAGCUUCUGCUCGAAAUAUUCGACCACUUCAUCGUUCUCGACUCUGAGUUUCCGUUGCGUGGCUGGGACUGUCCUUGUGGCGAGGGUUUCGAGAGUUUGGUGAAUACACGCCUAGUCUGUCGUCGAUUUUGCGAGCUAGCCUCGCAGAAGGUUAUCCCCGUUGUGAGCAUUGCCCUCGACGAGGAACAUUCACUCAAGCGCCUGGAAGAAAUAUCGCACCAUCCCACGCUUGCAAAAGGCGUUCGCGUCAUUCGAAUAUGUCCCCUGUUCUACGCCCCUGCUUUCACCGAUUUCAGUCGGUACGUCUCAUAUCACGCUAAGGUCAUUUCCCACUAUGCGAACCCAGAUUAUAUCUACAAAUCUAACCCGGAACAAGACCCCUCGGUGGUAGAUGAGAUGAUUGCAAACGCAAAAGCCAUCGCCUCAUUCCUAGAACGCCUUGCAUCGCCAGACUACAACAUUGGCGGGCACGGCGAGCGAGAAGAAGAGGAUCGAGAAUGGGCAGUGGAGCUUCAUCAAGAGUAUGUGGCCCGCCUCAAGAGGCAGGAGUUGCUGGUAACAAGCGGGAAGUUUUCCCGGGUUGUUGCCUCUGCUAUGGCAAGACUCCCAGCCAGCCCCGACGUUUGGAGUCAAUUCUCUAACUAUAUGCUUGCGCCAACUAGCAGCUCACAUACGCACAGAUACAACCUCGGGCCACUUCCCAGCUACUCAUUCCUUAUCGAUUUGGUGAUUAAGCUUCGACACAAGGGCGUUUUGCUCAAUGGCAUCUCCGUUUCCUUAGGCAACAUUGGAGGCCCGGGGAGCCUGGUGCUUGCCCCGGAUAUCCGGAAUCAGCUCUCGCUGUGUAUGCAGGAGCUAAGGGUUUUCGACUUUGCCCUCGGUAGGAUAGGGCGUGACCCAAAGGCGGGCAAUCUUAACGAGUUAUUAUUUGCCUGCUUGGACACUUGUAGCUUGCAAAGUGUCAACGUACUUGAUAACUUGCGCGACACAGAUGGUCUGGAACCUAUAGAUCUGGGCAAAAUUAUGGGCUCGAGGUCUCGAAAGAAUCUCACUCGUGUUGGCUUCAGUGGACUCUCCACCGACUUGUCUAAGCUAAUCGUCGUCCUCAAAGCAUUGGCCGGAAUCGAUGAUCUGCUUCCAGCUGAAGCGGGUCCGUAUGCGCAACGGUACCUGGAAACGGGCUCUGGAUGA